CCAAGCCAGUUUCUGCGCAUGCGCACUUGCGCGCACUGGCUCGAACCUCGAGCUCAAGUUAUGAUGGCGGUCGCUAUGGACACUGAUCAAUUGCCUUACUUGCCGUCGGGGCCAGACCAAGUCGAUCAGAUGAUCAAGGAGCACGGCAACCUGUUCACAGACAACCUGUGCAGCGUCUGCAAUGCCGUCCUCAUCUCAGACUCGCAGAAGCUGGCUCACUAUCAGAGUAAGAAACAUGGCAACAAGGUGCGACGUUACCUUUCCAUCCAAAAUGAAAAGGAGCCAGAGACAAAAAAGUUCAAGUCGCUAUCCUCUGUCAGCUACGACGCCAACAAUGGCGAGUCAGACCCGAUGAAGGCUUGCGAAAUGUGCAAGAUGACCUUCACGUCCCCCGUCAUGGCACAGUCUCACUACCAGGGCAAGAUCCACGCCAAGAAACUGAAAUCGGUGGACCCUCAGACACCAGUAGGCCAACAGGCCGCACCAUCUCAAUCCAAGAAGCAAGCAGCGGAGGUGGAGGUGGCGGCGGCGGCGGCGGCAACUGGCAACGGCGGUCCCGGGGGCGACCAAGACCCCGAGCGCUUCUGCUCCAUCUGCCAGGCGUCCUUCAACAACACGCUGAUGGCCCAGCAGCACUACGCGGGCAAGAAGCACAAGAAGCAACUGGCCAAGCAGGACCUGAUGAAGCUCUACGGCAAGCCCGCCACUCCGACGGCGUCCACAGCAAAAGGCUUUCCCUGUACGGUCUGCAACAUCGAGCUCAACUCCGUGGAUCAGUACCAGUCUCACAUCAGCGGGGCCAAACACAAGAACCAAAUGAAAAAAUCCGGCCUGACCCCGUCUGACAGCCGGCAGGCGUCCGCUCCCCAAAACCAGCGCCAGUCCGCCGGCAACGACGAGAACCACGACCACGAGCGGCCCGGCAACGGCUCCUACCAGGGCGGCUUGCCGAGCCGGCUUCUGGCGUCGGGGGAGGACCAAGAUUUUGUGACGGAAGACAACCUUUUUGAGACGGAAGACAACUUCUUUGGGAUCGGAGGCGACAUUUUCCCCGCGGCAGAUGACCAAUACGAUGAGGACAGCUCGUACGCCACUCUUGACUCAUGAGUACCACGAGAACCCGCCGGACUGGGUUUUCGCGCUGGACUAUGGAGGAUUCAGUCAGGACCUGGAACAAUAACAAAACCCACCGGAACGCUCCCCGCAUCCCACCCCUCCCCUCCCCCCACAAAAAGAAUCUUUUUCUAACUGAACCCCUAAUGUGAAGUUUAAUUGCGUUUUAUUUCAAGGUCUUUUAAAACCAAAGGCUUUUGGUGACGGUCUCUCAGCAUGCGCUAAAUGAAGACGCGUUCCCCUUGGGGGAAAAAAAAAAAAAAACCUCACCAUCGUUUUAGUGGAGAACCCAAAAGUCAGCGUAUGAAACGAUAAAUUUGUUGGAUAUUGUUACUUUUACCAAAACGACUUCCGUCGUCGUGUCACAGCGCAGAUUCCGUUAGAUUUAAAGUUGUGUGGAACGCUUUUAUCUCUGUUAUUUUUGUAUUUAUUUUUUUUGUAAGUCUUUCAGAAACUUGAUGUGUUAAAAUGAUUAACAUCUAAA